CACCCCCGGACCUUAGCGUGCCUGCACCGCUGUCUACUUGUGAUUGUAGUUUUCAGUUUUGCUAGAUGGAUGUCUACAAACUGUACAUUUUACAUGGAGAUGACAGCUAGAUCAUUUACAAAUCAUGGCGACCAUCGUUCUUUAUUCCAUGAACAGAACGGCGCAAACCACGGCGAGACUAUGUUUUUUUCCGUAUUCAACGCGAGCUUCCAUAGUGGACUCGCGCAUAUCUUUCUUCCAUAACACUUCGGUCCGCAGGUUAACUCCGCUUCCGGGAGCGAGAUGGGUUCCCAAAGCAACUGGAGUGCAGUUCAUGUCCAAUGGGACUGCAGGCAAAACGGCAACCGGGCGAACCAGGAGAAGCGCCCUGCUGGUUGCUGGAGCAGCGGCGGCAGUGGUGGGUUUUGUGGCUAGCGCUAGUCACUUUCAGCGGGCUGAAAUGGCAACCAUGAUCACCAAAACCGAGGAGACGGAGAUAUCGGAGAAAUGCAAGAAGUUCAUGUCACCGCCGUGUACUGACGUCAAAGUGCUGCAGCAGAAGAAAGAGGAAAUGUGCACGAGGAUGGAGAUGCUGAUCAUGGAGACUCAGGCGGAGUUCUGCAGAGCGCUCGAGGAGGUGGACGGCGGCAAGUUCAAAGUGGACAAGUGGGAACGGAAAGAAGGUGGCGGGGGCAUCAGCUGUGUGCUGCAGGAUGGGAAGGUGUUUGAGAAGGCGGGGGUCAACGUGUCCGUGGUGUUUGGGAACCUGACCGAGGAGGCCGCCAAGCAGAUGCGCAGCAGAGGGAAGGUUCUCAGAGGGAAAGAUGGCAUCCUGCCAUUCUGUGCCAUGGGCGUGAGCUCAGUAAUCCACCCCAAGAACCCCCACAUUCCCACAGUGCACUUCAACUACAGAUACUUUGAGAUAGAAGAAGAAGAUGGCACUAAACAGUGGUGGUUUGGUGGCGGUACAGACCUGACUCCUACCUAUGUCAAUAAGGAGGAUGGUGCUCACUUUCACAACAGUCUGAAGGAGGCCUGUGAAAACCAUCACCCCAAGUACUACCCCGACUUCAAAACGUGGUGUGACCGGUACUUCUACAUCCGCCAUCGUGGCGAGACGCGGGGCAUCGGUGGCAUCUUCUUUGACGACCUGGACUAUCCCAGCCAGGAGGAGGCGUUCAGCUUCGUUAGGAGCUGUGCCCAGACCGUGGUGCCCUGUUACCUGCCCAUCGUCUACAAACACCUCGAUGACCCCUUCAGCCCAGAGGAGAAGGACUGGCAGCAGGUGCGGAGAGGCAGGUAUGUGGAAUUUAACCUGGUGUAUGACAGAGGGGUGAAGUUUGGACUGGCCACCCCAGGCUCCAGGAUCGAGAGCAUCCUCAUGUCUCUGCCCCUCACAGCCAAGUGGGAGUACAUGCAUGAACCUCCUAAAGGUUCCCAGGAGGCCGAUACGCUGGAGGUGUUACGAAACCCCAAGGAGUGGGUCUGAAAUGGCCGUUGCCGUAGAGAUACCAACCUGACUCAGCCUACAGAACAGGAGCCGACAUGAGCUGUUGACUGGAACAGGCGUCCGUCCCUUUGACUGCUUUGUCAUUGGCCAACUCCCCGCUGAUGCGAUUAGCUAGUUGUUACUGGAAAAUGCACACCUGCCUUUAUUUCUUUUGCUGUCUGUUUCUUAUUGCUUGAUAUAAUAUUGUCUGUGUCAGAUAAGCCUUAACACUACCAUUUAAAUGUUUUAUCCAGAGUGACUUACAGGAACAACAAGUGCCUUGUUCAAGGGCAAAAACUUAUUUUUUUCACCUAGAUGAUUUCAAACUAGUGACCUUUUCGGUAACUGGUCCGACACUCCCUGAACCGCUACCCAUUUGCCUUCUGCCCGACUGCUUCAGUUAAUAUUUCCUGUGUACCAACUGGUUGAGAUUGGCUUGCUCUGCUAGUAUAUUUUUCUCUCUAGCUACAGUCUGAGAGCCCUCUUGGUCUCCUGUUGGGGAUUAAUCAGAAUUAGUUGGGUAACAUAGAUAGGAUGUAUUAUUUUCAUGAUAUGCUUAUGAGUUAUUUCUCAUAAGAAUGUAUUUUGUUGUACUAUAGUGGUGGCCAUUGGCAGUUAUCUGUUCUCUGUCAGGACUAAGUUGCUUGGGCCACAGAGAGGUGAGAGGUCAAGGUGUAAACAUAUCUUUUAAACCAUGUGAAGAGAUGAUUGAUGGGGAACCAAUUCUCUCUUGGCUCCACUAUGGCCCCUAUCUUGACCUAGAGGCUCACUUUCCUCUCUGUGAGCUUGUCCAGAAUUGGUUGUAUUUAGGAUGGAGUAUCUAAAAUGACAAUUUGAUAUACAUCAUUGGGAGGUGGUAAUGUCUUGGUACCAUUUUGUACCAAGGACGAGAUAAGAGCUUUGUUUAGGAGACCAAACUGAACGAUAAUUUAUAGCCAAUUCUGUCUGGCUAGGGGAUAGUCCUCUCUGAAGUAAAGUCUUUCUUUGUGUAAGUUCUUCAGACCUGUGGUUUGUCAUGUCAACUAGGGUGGGUGGAUCUUUGCUAUAAAGGAUCCCAGUUGCCAUUAUGUUGAGCACUCAACUUUUCAUUAGAGAUACUGAACUGUUGAAAGUCAAAAUGCUAUUGCAAAAGCUUAAUUAUUUUUAAAGGUGAAAAUUAAGCAUAACUCUGACUGGUGUGAUUUGCUCUCUCAUCAUUUGGUAAUUAAGGAAAUUUCCAUGACACAACCCAGGGUUGUGUUCACCAGGCAAGAGAAUUCAUGUUUCAAACCGACCCAGGAAAGGGAAAGUGGACUGACCCCACUCAGGGUGUGUGAUAAGCCAUUGACGUAAACUAGAAUUAAGAUGUUAUGUCUAGCACUUUGUACAAGUCAUACAACAUUUAUAAAAUAGAGAGGAUCAACAACCUGUGAUUCUCUGGACUCAAACCCAGUACCUCAUCUACUGCGCUUGACAGGGGACAUGCAGCAUUUGUGUUUUUCCCACAUAGGUCAAGUUAGAAAUGUGAUUGUUUUUAAUGUCUUGCCUGUAAACUCCACUCACUAUGCUCUGCCCACUGAUCUUUUAUCAAUUAAGCCAGACUACUUCCUGAAUGUUGACACGGUUAGGACACCAGGGCUUUAGAGAAAUCUCAAGUCUCUUCAUGUAUGGUUAGGUUUAAACAGCCUUUUUAAAAUAGAACAUGUUUUUGGACUGCAGAAGGACCAAGACAAGUCAUCCAUCAUGCUUUUUACAUUAGACAGAGUGGUUUGAUAAAUUGAGGCACUGACAACUGCCCCGCAUGUUUAAGUAUUUUAUUAUAAAUUACAAUUCAAGCUCAGUA